AUUAAAAUCAUUAGUGGGAUUUGACUAUCCUUACCAAUAGCGACUAAAACGAUGAACUCGACCCCUUCUUUCACCCAUGAUGACUACACAGUAGCUUGCAUCUGCCCCAUGAGCGUAGAACAGGCCAGCCUCGAGGCGAUGCUGGACGAGAUCCAUCCAGACCUUCCCACGGCCACCGACAAAAACAGCUACACGCUGGGUCGCAUGCACAAACACAAUGUCGUCGUGGCCGUGAUGCCCAGGAUUGGCAACAGCAGUGCCGCGUCGAUGGCCAACCAGCUGCUGAAUGACUUCCGCCGCGUUCGUUUCAGCUUUCUGGUCGGCAUCGGCGGCGGCAUCCCCAACCUACUGCGCGGCGUCGACAUCCGCCUGGGCGACGUCGUCGUGAGCAAACCCUCCGGGGUGUUUGGCGGGGUGGUACAGUUCCGGCAGGGAAAGCUGCUGCCCGAGGGUCAGUUCGAGCGCACGGGGGCCCUGCACCCACCGCCGGAUGUGCUUUCAGCAGCAGUGGCGCGGCUCGAGGCACUUCAUCGGCGUGCGGGGAGUGCCAUCCCACGCUACCUGCAGGAGAUGACGCAGAGAUAUCCCCGCAUGAAACGCGGAGGCUGUGUCUACCAGGGCGUGGAGAAUGAUCAACUUUUCCGGGCGGAAUACAAACAUGCCAAGAAAGAUUGCGAUAAUUGCGAAGAUUGUGAUCAAGCAGCAGUUGUACAACGCCCAUUUCGCGAGGACCGUGAGCCCGUGGUGCACUACGGCACUAUUGGCUCGUCAGAUGUGGUGGUUAGGGAUGGUCAACUGCGGGACUCCUUGCGCGAUGGAUUGAAUCUCUACUGCGUGGAAAUGGAGGCGGCCGGGUUGAUGGACUCCCUCCCCUGUCUGGUCAUUCGAGGUAUCUGCGAUUAUGCGGAUUCUCACAAGAAUAAACGAUGGCAGCCUUAUGCCGCUGCGACCGCGGCUGCUUAUGCGAAGGAGUUGCUGUCUUACAUCCCGAUUUUGAAUCGUCAGCAGCCUAGCUCAGCCAUAUUACAUAUGCAACACGUGGGAAAUGUUGUCAAUGGUAGCGUUCAUGGAGAUUUUGUGGCCGGGGAUAAGGUUGCUGGCGAUAAGCUUGUUGGAGACAAAGUGUGGCAAGGAUGGAGGUAA